AUGGAUGCUGAUGGGUGCAUUGAUCUUGGUUGCCUUUUAAGGGUUACAGCAGGUUAUGGAACAAAAGGUAUGCUACUUUUUGUUAUGGUAUAUUUGGGUGAGCAGUAUGUGAACAACCCUACACUUUCUAAUGUAACUUUAAUGAUUGAGGGCAAAAGGUUUUAUGCUCAUAGAAUCUACCUGCUUGCUUCUUCUGAUGCGUUUCGGGCAAUGUUUGAUGGUGGUUAUAGGGUGAUGGAAAAAGUACAUCCAGGUACUAGUAAGUGUGUAAUGUCUUAUGUAAUCGGAGUUCACAGCCUUAAGGAAUCAACAAUCACUGUGAAACUUCUAGUGUUUAGAUUUCUUACUGGUUGUGAACAUUUGUUUCUUCCCUUUCUACCCUUCACUUGCAGGUUGAUGAUUUUUCAAGAAUGUUCAGACUAUUUUCCAAAAAUACCCCAUGGAUUGGAUCCUGUCUCUAGUAUGUUUAAACAGCAUGUUGCUGCUGAAGGAACAACCUUGGUCAAACAGGCAAAAGAUGUUGCAAGUAAUAAGAAGGCAGAAAAGAGAUUGCAGGUUGAUCCUGCUACAUGGCCAAUAAUGAUCUUUAAGAUAUCAUAUUUUGGCAUGGCUAGAAGCUUUGGAGGAAACGAGACUCAAGCAAAAGUAAAAACACAGAGAGUUGUUGGCAUAUAUUCUCUUCACCACCAAGAAUCCGACGAUGCCUAUGUAACAACGUUGCCCACCCAAAUCACCGACGACGCUGCACCCGACAACGCCACUGCCGCCGUACUUCCUCCGUCUCCAACUCGUUUUCGGAUUCUGCCCAGCAGGAACUCGAUGUUGUCCUUGAAAGUGUCCCUGAGAUUAAUGAGUUACUUUGCACCUGCAGGGACUGAGGUUUGUGUGAGUCCAGAAACAGAGUUGGAGUUGUAUAGAAUUGGAAUGAAUAAUAAGGUUCUUAGGAACCCAACCCGGUUGAUAUGA